AUGGCGGAGCUCAAAGAGGGCAGUGAGCAACUUCACCAGGAGGACGCCAAUAUUAAAGAUAAUGGGACUGAUACUGAUAAGACGCUUACUGAAUCUGUGGAGGAGUGUGAACAGGUGCCCAGUCACGAUGCCUCUUCUAAACCAGUGAAAACAGAGGACAGCAAUGGACAAACAUCUUCCACUGUCACGACAGAGAGACAUGUGUCUAUCCAAACCACACUGGAAGGUCUUGAGAUGCUUGUGGAUUUGAAUGGAGCCGGAAGGAAAUCGUGUCCGUUGUGUUCAGAAGAGAAAUUUAAGGCCUGUUACAGUCAUAAACUUAGACGGCACCUGCAAAACUUGCACUGGAAAGUUUAUGUUGAAUUUGAAGGCCAAAGGAUGUGCAUCUGCCAUCUGCCUUGUAGACAACUCAAGUCUAGUCUAGGCUCUGACCAGACUCAAAGCAGACUGGUGGCUCACUACCACUGUGUGGUCUGCUCUGUCACUAUCGCUCGCAAGACCGACAUGAUCAGUCAUCUCAAACGCCACAUCAAUAAGGGUGAGACCGAGGCCAGCUUCUCUGGCAGCUCUGAUGUACCCUUCGAAGAACCCGUCACAGGUGGACAGGCCUAUGAGAUUAUGAAAGAGUUGGGCACCAACGUCCAGCUCAUGCCCAACCACACCACACCCCAAAAGACAGACACCUAUUUCAGCCGCAAGAUGAAAGCAAAUAGGCAGCUCGUAUUCUGCUCUCUCGCGGUUCUAGCAGAGGAGAGGAAUCCACUGGAAUGUCUUGAUGCUUUUGGAGCCACUGGUAUAAUGGGUCUGCAGUGGGCAAAGCAUCUACGCAACUCUGUAAAGGUUACUAUCAAUGACAUAAACGAAGCCUGUGUGAAGAUGAUUAAGGAGAAUUGUAAUUUGAACCACAUCCGAGUGGAAGGAAACCGCACGCCCCGACAGCUAGAAGGAACCGGAGACACAGACUCACCCAUUGCCUCUGUGGAGGUGGUGAAGAUGGAUGCCAAUGUCAUCAUGCACCUCAGAUCCUUUGACUACAUACACCUGGACCCCUUUGGAACGUCUGUGAACUAUCUGGAUGCUGCUUUUCGGAACGUUCGGAAUCUGGGCAUAGUCUCCGUGACAUCCACGGACACUGGCUCACUUUACUCCAAAUCCUUGAAUGUGACACUUAGACAUUAUGGCUGCCAGAUCGUCAGAACUGAGUACUACAGGGAACUGGCAGCACGUAUGGUGUUGUCAUCAGUAGCCAGAGCAGCUGCACGGUGCAACAAAGGGAUAGAGCUGCUGUUAGCCGUUGCUCUCGAGCAUUUCGUCCUUGUGGUGGUGCGUGUGCUCAGAGGGCCAACCCAGGCUGAUGAGUCUGCUAAGAAACUGCGUCAGCUCUUGCAUUGCCAGUGGUGUGAAGAAAGGGUGUUCCUCAAGCCAGGAAGUAUGGUUGAAGAAAAUCUGUACAGACAGCUGCCCUGCCAGUGCCACGGGAGCAUGCCAGGGAAAACUGCAGUAGAGCUUGGGCCACUUUGGGCUGGUCCUCUGUUUAAUACUGGUUUUCUGAGGCGGAUGUUAGUGGCAGCAGUGCAUCACAAUAUGGAGGACAUCCAGCCUCUUGUGAAGACCCUCAUCUGUGAGGCUGACUGCACCACUCUCAAGCCUUCCCCUGUCCCAGGAUACUCUGCCCUCUCAAACCAAGUGGAGUGUGGUGUGGUAAUAAAAACUUUACAGAAGAUUGAAGAGGCUGAUAUAUCUGAGCAGUCAGGGAAAAGAAAGACCACAGGAGAAGAUUGUGGAAAUGUGCUGAAGAAAAUAAAACCAGACACAUCUCUGGAGCAUCCAGCGUUCUACUAUAGCAUCCAUCGGCACAGCAUCCGUGGCAUGAACAUGCCAAAGUUGAAUAAAUUUCUGCAGUAUCUCACAGAGGCAGGGUUCAGAGUAAGCCGCACACACUUUGACCCAACUGGCGUACGGACCGAUGCCACCCUGGCGCAGUUUAAGGAAGUGCUUACAAAAUAUAGCGUGCCCACUUACUCGUCAGCCCCCCAAAGCAGCACUAUCAGCCCAGACAACACCCGACGUCAAACUCUCUGACUUGCAGAUAUUGAUGUAACCAGAAGAUUUUUUUUGAGCAAUUUGGUUGUGCUUUGUGAGCCCUUGUUAGAGAUGGGUAUUUUCAAUGAAAAUUGGAUAAGUUCUUGUAACAAUAGCUUCAGCUAUUAAUUAAUGCUAAAUGUUGUUUGUGUUUUUGUUGAUUGCAGUGUCGCUUUGGCCCAUUAUGGGCUUCAUAGUGAUUUAAACAAAUAAGUCUGUGAUGAGAGUAAUGACAGUAUUGAUAUUCUUUUUUUUUUUAAUCUCUUAAAUAUUUAUAAGGACUCUAAGGUUUAAAGAUUCUUGUCUGAUCUGUCUGAUUUUUUAUUCCACUUAAUUAUUUUGCUUCAGUAUGCUCUACAAAAUCAAUAAAACAUUUCAGAUGACAUGUCUCAUUACGAACAAAACACUUUGAGAACAUAAACUUAGCGCUUGGGUGAAUCCCACGGAAAUAUAUCCAGGCCUCAUUUGACCCAAAACUCUAAACAAAUAUGAAUUUUUUUUUACAAAGAAGAUUAAGCCAAAGAUGUGGUAUUAACAAAAUAACAUUGAAAAAUAGGAGUGUUUGCCUUGAGGUCAGAUGUCCUCUCAAAAAAGCUGCUUAACGAUUGUGAGUUGAUGCCAGACAUUAUGUACAAAGUUGCAUGUCCUUAGUAUAUGCAGGGACCCCUUUUCAAUAUUUUUCUACAAACAUUUGACUGACUCGCUCAUUGCUCCUCUCCCCAGCCUCUUAUAUGUUUGUAUUUCUGAGGACACAAACAUUUUUUUAGGGUUGAAUAUGACCUGUGAGAAGUCUCCGAAUUAGUGCCACCCCUGUGUAAUAUACAUAGCACAAUGUCUAGACCUCCCUGAUAUGUUCACACUUAAAUUGACAGCUGGUAUGUUCAUUUGAACAGGGAAACAUUUAGCAAAAUACUUUUGUGGUGAUAAACCUUGUAAUCAAGCCUGUGCAGUAUGUCACAGGGAUAUUGUAUUUCACAAAGACAUACCACAACAUACUAUGGUUUUAGGAAAUGUGCCAUAUUACAAUUCCUUGAAGUCCAUUUACAAUUACAUUUAUUAAUUUAGCAGAUACUUUUAUCCAAAAAGACUUAUAAAUUGAGGAAAAAUACAACACAAGCGAUUCAUCUUAAGGAGACAGUAACAUGAAAAGUGCUGCAAAACAGAGUUUCAAUUGUAUUAGAAAAGUAGGAGUACAACAUUUUUAAGGGUUAAGGUUGUUUAUGAAAUACCUCAGAGUGUCAUGUAUGUACAAUGGUAAAUUAAAAUGGUGAUCAUUUAUUACCAUGAUAUGACAACCUGAGGCCAUCUCAGUACCAUGGAACCAGCAUAGAACUUUUUUGUACAAGUGGUAUCACAAUGGGCUGUUUAUUAUUUUAGUUUAAUAUAUCAUUAGACUAAAAAGGAUGAGGAGGGCGUGGCCAAGCCAGCCAACGUUGAAUCAGCUGAUCAGCGGCAGAACGAGAUAAAAGGGAGCUGGAGGUGCCAGUUUGAGAGAGAG